AUGGCUCUUGUCCGGGACCCGGCGUUCUGGCGACGCUUCUCCCUCGCCAUUCAUCUCGACGAAGAGGCGAAGGGUUCUGACGAACACAAGGACGCUCAUCUCUGGUCGAACAACUGGAUCAAGAAACAACGGCAAAAGAGAAAGCGAACGCUCCUCUACGGCUUCCUGAUCUUCCUCAUCAUUGUGCUUAUCUGUGCCGGGAUCGUCGUGGUCAUUCUAUGGCUCAAGUCCCGCAACUGGCUCCAGGAGAAACCAAAGACGACCGUUAUAGAGCCGACUGCCACACCGGCAUAG